AUGGUUUACAAGAAUGGAUUGCACCCAAACCACGCGGAAGGAUAUUUCCUUCAAGAUCUACAAAAUGAAAUUAAUACACUACUGGCAGAUAACGUCGCGGGUAAAGACAUCCAAAUUCAAGCGAAUCUUGUUCAAAACUACUCUCCCUGCAACAAUUGCGCAGGUGACAUCCUCAACUUUAAAGGGGAUAUGGAACGGCAGGGCAUAACCUUUUCUUUGAGAAUAAAGUUUGCAAACUUUUACUUUCAUACAAUUGAAUCGAACGGAGGAUUAAAGAACCUGUUGCAAAAUGAUAUAAAAUUGGAGUUACUUCAAGGUGCAGUAGAUUGGGAAGCGUUCUUAAAUGAUAAGAACUUCGUGCUGUUAGAUGAUCAUGACAGAAUGGAAUUAUUUGAGAGGGCAACGUGAGAAGAAAGAACGGCUAGAGAAGCACAAGACGCUGAAAUCCUUAACGAGAUAACAGCCGAGGCUGAAGGUAGGCAAAAAGCGAUAAAGCAAUAUUCUCAAAUAGUUCCUUGUCAUUAGCCAUUAAUUACAUGUAUAUAUAGCCGUAAAGCAGUGGCGUAACGUUAUAUCAAGGGGCCCCCGGUUCAAAAUUUUCGAAGGCCCCCCUAGUAGAAGUGCCAAAGGCACGAGUCGAGCGCUGUAUAUGCACGAGUUUUCUAGGGGGUCCAGGGCAUGGUCAUCCAGAAAAUUUUUAAAUCUAGACUCUCUGAAAUGCCAUUUCCUGGACUUUGGGGAGAGAUUUUACAGAAUUCUGAUGGCAAUAAAACGACAUUGUAACAUAUCAGAGGCCCUGGUCAAUCUUUUUGCCCUAUCGCCUAAGCCUGGGGGCCCCCAUUUGGGUUGGGGGCCCCCGGGUUCACCCGGUUUGAGCCCAUAGUAGUUACGCCACUGCCGUAAAGAGCUUCUUGAAAUUAACACUUGAGAAAUUCUAUACAGUUUAUAAGUUCGGCUCGAGUUAGUAAACUUGAGUCAGUAAACAAACUGGCACUAUAUGUUUACAUCCCGAUCUCAUAAUGAUUUGCCCAAAGGCAUAGAGUUCAAGUAGUUCAUGUUCAGUAAGAAUUAAAUCUAUGGCCUUUAAUGUCUUAUCAACGCUUAACACUUGUGCGGGAUUGCCAAUAUGGUACAUUUUAGAAAAGAUUUUAGACUAACUUUGAUCGUAAAAUAAUACACACAUUUACUUAUUUCAGCAGGUGCGGACGAUGAUGAUGAUAGUGAUGAUGAUGAUGGUGAUGAUGAUGAUGGUGAUGAUGAUGAUGAUGGUGAUGAUGAUGAUGGUGAUGAUGGUGAUGAUGAUGGUGGUAAUAGCCAUGGUAUAUUUUAAAAAAUAUUGUAGGCUAACUUUGAUCGUAAAAUAAUACACAUAUUUACUUAUUUCAACAGAUGCGGAUGAUGGUGAUGAUGAUGGUGAUGAUGAUGAUGGUGAUGAUGAUGAUGGUGAUGGUGAUGAUGGUGGUGAUGGUGAUGAUGGUGAUGGUGAUGAUGAUGGUGAUUGUGAUGAUGAUGGUGACGAUGAUGAUGAUAGUGAUGGUGAUGAUGGCAAUAGCCAUGGUAUAAUUUAAAAAAUAUUGUAGGCUAACUUUGAUCGUAAAAUAAUACACAUAUUUACUUAUUUCAACAGAUGCGGAUGAAUAUGCUUCUGUUGAGAAUAAAAUGAAGAAG